UCGCCCUGUGUGCGCGAUGAUGAGAGGAGGACAAAUUAGACCCUUACCGGUGCAGGUACAUCAGAGGUGGGCAUGGCGAGGAGGUGGGGUCGCAGCUCUCCUCCUGUCCAGGAGCAGAAAGCCCCGGCAGAUCAGACCCAGGUGCGGAAACAAGAAGGUGUGUAGAGCCGGAGAGGAGCGCUUUCUGCAAGAACAGACUCAAAAGAACUUGGGGACGGUGAGCAGCGCAUGGUGUCCCGACAUGCACCCUCAUAUCCAGCCCUCCCUCCUCUUAACACUGCUGCUUCUUCAAGUCCAUCGGAGCAGCUCGGUGCAAGAGAUCCAAACCAGCCAUGAGAACAUCGGAAAGAUCAACUCGGCAGGAGAAAUGAUGCAGUGCUCAGCAGCCAUGGAUAUCCUUUUCCUCAUGGACGGUUCUUACAGCGUGGGGAAGGGCAGCUUCGAGAGGUCCAAACACUACGCAAUCAAACUCUGUCAAGCACUAGACAUCAGACCAGACAAGGUGCGUGUCGGCUUGAUCCAGUUUGGUUCCACUCCUCGGCUGGAGUUCUCUCUGGACUCGCACACCACCAAACAAGAGCUGAAGAGGCACAUGAAGAAGGUGUCGUACAGGGGAGGCAGCACCCAGACAGGCCUGGCUCUUAAAUACAUACUGAGGAAAGGUUUCCCAGGCGGUCGUAACUCCACCGCUGCAGCCCGGAUCAUCAUCCUCUUAUCAGAUGGGAGGUCUCAGGGUAACGUGGUGCAGGCGGCUGCAACGCUCAAAGAGACCGGCGUGGUCCUGUUUGCCGUGGGCCUACGCUACCCCAGGUGGGAGGAGCUACAUGCUGUGGCCAGUGAACCGAUGGAGAGCCAUGUUUUCUUUGCGGAGCAUUUCCACGAUGCUGUCAAUGGCCUGUACACAACACUGAGCACCUUCUCUGUCUGCGAUGCCAUACCUGCAGGCUGUCAGGUGGAGUUGUUUCCCUGUGAGAGGAAGACGCUGGAGACUGUGAAAGAGCUGCAGGGGAAUUUCAUGUGCUGGAAAGGCUCCAAGGGGAUUUCCCCAUAUACGUCUCUGUGCCCAUACUACAGGUACAACAAGGUGUACAAGAGACACCAGACAGUCUGCCAUCGGACCAUCUGUCCAGAUCCCUGUGACUCUCAGCCCUGUCUGAAUGGUGGAACAUGUGUAUCCGAAGGUCCAGAGGGUUACAGCUGCGUCUGUCCACCCGGUUACGGAGGAGACCCACACUGUGCUCCUGCAUUAUCACUGGACUGCUCUGUCGACUUGCUCUUCCUGGUGGAGGGCUCCGCCACGCUCACCUUGGAGGGCUUCCUCCGCCUCAAGUCCUUCUUGAAGCGCUUCCUGCAGAACGUGAUCGGGUCCGACACCCCCAGCAGAGUCGGCCUGGCGGUGUUCGGCGGAGAGGCCAAAGUCCAAGCCCAGGUCGGCAAGUUCAAAGGGGACCUGAAGGGUCUGCUUAAGGCCGUGCAAGCGCUCCAACCCAUCGGCGGCGAGACCAAGACUGGCCAGGCGCUUCGCUACGUCACCCGUCACGGUUUCGUGACCUCGCCAGGCUUUACCGACGUCACGGAUGAUCUGCCCCGCGUGGUGGUGCUGAUCACCGCCACUCCUUCAGCUGACGAGGUGGUGGAGCCCUCUAAAUAUGCACGAGACAGAGAGAUCUUCCUGAUAGCUGUGGGUCCAGACAACUUAAAGGGACAGCUGAAUAAUAUCACCGGAAAUCCCCAGAGGACUAUCACCUACUCAACCCCUGAGUUCAGUGGCAAGAUCCCUGAGCUCAAGGCUAAGAUCUGCAGUGUGGAUACACAAGGUUGUUUGGGUCAAGCCGUAGACCUGGUGUUUGCACUGGAUGCCUCAGGCGGCGUCGGGCGCGAUAACUUCUCCACCCUGCGCGACUUUGUGCGCGGCAUCAGCGUCCAGUUCGACAUCAACCGCGAUGUGGCUCAAAUGGCACUCGUGACCUACGGUAGGAGAGCCAACACCGUCUUCAACCUGGACUCCCAUGAAAGCGGCUCUGCCAUCCUCAAGGCUGUAGGUGAUGCCAACUACAUGGGUGGAGUGGCCUCGACAGGCGCGGCUUUACUUCACAUCCACUCCAACGUCCUGACGGUGGCCAAAGGCGCGCGGCCCGGAGUCAACAAGGCUGUGGUGGUGGUGACGGAUGGUUCAGGUGGGGAUGACGCCGCCGUUCCAGCUCAGAAGUUAAGAGACAACGGAGUUUCGGUGUUUGUGAUCGGUAUCGGGGAUGUACAGAAAGAGAGGCUGAUGCAGAUCGCUGGUUCAGAGGAGCACAUGAUCUCAGUGCUGUCUUACGAGGAUCUCAAGUACUUUGAGGAUGUUCUGGUGCAGAUGUUGUGUUCAGAGGCUAAAAUGCCAGUAAACCUGUGCAAGCCCAACCCAUGUAUGAACGAUGGGGUCUGCACCCUGUCCGGAGGGAGCUUCCGUUGUCAAUGCCAGGGCUACGAAGGACCACACUGUGAAACAAGAAGCGGCAGGACCAGAGGUGAUCAACCGAGACCUGGUGGUCUCAGGAAGAAGAGCAGGCAGAAGAAGAGCCACCGGGAGCUCCUGCAUCACUACAAACUGCACCGCAGGAGACACGCCGCCUGAUAACACCACACGCUCCUACAACGACAAAACAGACACUUACAAACAAAGGAUGUUUGCGGGUACGCAAAAGGAGUAAAGGGAAAAAACUAAUGCUACUGUUUCAAUAUUUAAACUCGAACUCAACCUCAGAAAGUGCCUUCAAACUGUAUGCAAUUCUACUGCAGUGUCCUUUUGUGUAUUUUUAUUGAAUUAUUAUGAAUUGGUUAUAUUAUAUUAUAGUGUAUAUCCGUGUCAUCAUUUAAUUGGUUUAAUGUCUCAACACAAUCUUUAAUCCUCCUUGGAGCCAAGGCAAAAAAUCAAACUUGUGCCAAAAAAAAAAGCUUUAUACCAACUGAAUCACUCAACUUUUUGAGUUUUUUAUUUUAUUAUUUUUUUUAGAUGCUAAUAGACCUUUUUCAUGUCCAAAUGGCUGCUGUGAAAAAGGUCUAUUAGAUGAUUGUUCUCACUAAUAAUUUUAUAAAUAUGUAUAUGUGUAUAUGUAUUUCAUUAUCGGUUAUGUUAGGGCGAUAUAACUACCUUGUUUUGUACUAUAACUUACCCUGUUCUUUACUGAUUUUGGAGAAAGAGGAAAAAAAAACUUGAAAAUUGUCCCAUUUAAAAUUUAAAUGGGACAAUUAUUCCACUUGUACAACAGGCUUUAAAGUGGCAUAUUUGAAAUCAUUCAAACUUAUGACCAAAAGUAACAUUUAAACACUUUAAAACCGUCUCGAAAUUUGCCAGAUGAACAUUGUAUAAUCAAACGACUCCCCUUCAUGAAUGCUUUAUUAUUUCAUUAGUGAGAAGCGACUGGGUUGGCUCUAAUUACCUUGUUAAAUUUUUAAUGCUGCCGGCUUCCAGUGUCCUUUUUGCGUUGUUACUACGGUGAACCUUGAGUCCAUUUCCAACAGAAAAGCUGAACGGACAGGUGUAACAUUAAAGGUAACAACAGGAAGCAUUGUUAUAAACAAAUUCCAAUCCAG